AUGUGUAAUCCAGGUAGAAGUUGUGCUGCUAUUAAAGAUGAAGGAUUUACUUCCGGUUUUAUCAUAGCUCACGAGAUGGCGCAUGUGAUGGGUUUAUUUCACGAUGGGCGAGGUAACACGUGUACUGGUGCUAAAUACAGAACAGCUAUAAUGGCCAGAUUGGUGGAAUCCAAACUCAACUAUUACUGGUGGUCAAAAUGUUCUAAACAAAGAAUGGAAGAAGUCAUAGACUACCUGUAUUGUUUAAAUGAUGAUCCAUAUAAACUACCAAAUCUGCCAGAGGUACCAGAGCUGCCUGGAACAGGUUGGAGUCUGGAACAUCAAUGCCGACUUGAAUUUGGUGAAGAAUUUAGCGUUUGUCAUGCAGUAAGCACCUUUUACCCGGAUCCUUGUGCUAUGUUAUGGUGCAGUAAACGACGAACUCCAAGUUUGUGUAGAACUAAAAGAGGACCAUCUUUAGACGGAACACCGUGUGGUGUGGAUAAGAGUUGUGUCAACUCCAGAUGUAUCUACAUUGGUAACCUUAGUCCACGUGACGGUAACUGGGCAGACUGGUCGCCCUGGACUAAAUGUACAACUGACUGUGGUACUGGACUAAGAUACAGAACACGAGACUGUGACAAUCCAAGCCCUGCCUAUGGGGGUAAAGAAUGUGAUGGUGAAAAAAGUAUCACAGAUGUUUGUAAAUCAGAAAAAUGUACCAAUUACGUGGAUGAUCGUGCGUUACAAUGUUCAGUGUGGAAUGAUAUGAACAUACGACCCGGGGAGCACGACUGGCAACCUUACCAUACAGAUAGACCCAAAGAAUAUUGUAAAAGCACGUGUAUAUCAGAGCAAUCACGAGAAAUAUUAACCAUAGAUAUAGAUGUCGAAGAUGGCACACCAUGUACCUAUAGUGACACCGAUGACAUCUGUGUUCAUGGUAAAUGCAUGAUCGUAGGUUGUGAUAGUAUAAUAAACUCCACUAAAUCCAAUGAUCGAUGUGGUGUUUGUGGUGGUGAUGGAAGUCAGUGUAAAACAGUCUCUGGUUCCUUCAAUAAAACCCCAACAGCUGGCGAUGAAUACGAGCAAGUUAUAUUUGUACCAAAUGGAGCAACACAUGUUGAAGUUUCUAAAAAUAAAAGGUCACCUCAUUUUCUAGCAUUAAAGGAUCCUGAAUACCAGAUCUUUUUUCUAAACGGCGACAAGAAAAAAGUACGUUCAAGAACGUUCAUAGCCAAUGGUGCCAUUUUUGAGUAUGUAAAUGGUCCAACACAAGAAAUAUUAACAACAAAGGGUCCUGUUAAGAGAAACCUUGAAGUGAUGAUGUAUCCUGAUAAAUAUCUGAAGCCAGCUUCUAUCACCUAUCAGUAUACAAUAGAUAAAAAUGACCACACGCUAGAAAAGAUCAAAUAUAAAUGGAAGUUCAAGGAAUGGUCCGAAUGUUCUGUCACCUGUGGAACUGGAACGCAGAAGAUACUGUAUGCUUGUCAUGAUAAAUUUACGGAUAAGCGUAUUAAUGAUGAAAUGUGCAGUUAUUUAGAAGAACCUAGAGCGGAUGUUGCUAUGUGUUAUCGACCAGAUUGUUCACAAUUAAUUUUUAACUGGGUGAUGUUAGAUGAAUGGAGUGAAUGUUCAGCAACUUGUGGUGAAUCGGGACAGCAAACUGAGCUUUAUGCUUGUGAACAACACCUCGAAGAUGGCACUUACGAAGUAGUGGAUAAGAGCCAGUGUUCAAAAAUACCAGCUCCAAAUGAAACCAGACCGUGCAAUAUUAAACAAUGUUCUGAACAAUGGUCUGUAGGAGACUGGGGGAAGUGCAGCGUUACAUGCGGCACAGGAACGCAAACACGUGGUGUAUACUGUAGAGACAAGAACAGCAACUCUGCUGAUUGCUUUGAAGAUCCACCAUCAGAUACACAAGAAUGUGUUCAAACCGAAUGUCCUUUAGAGUGGUCGAUAGGACGAUGGUCAGAGGUGAGUUCCUUAUUAUUUGAAACAAACCGCGUGAAUUGGGCCCAAGGAUUAUACAAAAAUAUCGAAUAA